ACUGAUUCUAUUUCAGUCCAUAACCUCAAGUGUUGACGAGCAUGCAGUUGUCGUCUAAAGAAUGGAAUAUUUCAUUCUCUGGCUGUGGAUUUUUAAUGGCUUACUACUGUGGAGUCUACAGCUGUUUAUUUGAUCGUGCCUCGUUUCUUCUCGAUGGGUUGAAAAAGAUUUGUGGGGCCUCAUCCGGUGCUCUCAUGGGUGCAAUAUUAGCAUGCAAAAUGCCUCCAGCCAAAUGCUGUGAAAAUUUGCUGGAAAUGUCCCAAGAGGCUCGGAAAGGCACACUGGGUGCUGUGCAUCCCACUUUUAACCUGUUGAAGAUAAUACGAAACAUCCUGAUCCGAGAUCUGCCCGACAACGCCCAUCUACUCGCCACCGGCCGACUGUGUGUGUCCCUAACACGAGUGUCAGAUGGGACAAAUGUGGUGGUCUCUGAGUUUGACACCAAAGAAGAUCUCAUUCAGGCUCUCAUAUGUAGCUGUUUUUAUCCACUGUAUUGUGGCGUGGUACCUCCAAGAUAUCAUGGGACUAGGUAUGUAGAUGGAGCAUUAAGUGACAACAUGCCAUACUCAAAUCUGAGGGAGACCAUCACAGUCUCACCUUUCUCUGGCGAGAGUGACAUCUCUCCUUACGGCAACCCGUUUUACUUCCAUGAAAUACAUUACAAUAAUGUCAGCAUUCACAUCAACUUCAUUAACGCAUACCGAGUGGUCAGUGCAUUCUUCCCACCAGAGCCAGAGGUCUUGGCUGAGAUGUGUCAAAAUGGAUAUAAGGAUGCUUUGCUGUUUUUGAAAGAAAAUGAAUUCCUGGAGUUCCAGUCACCUCUAUGUGAGUUGACCAUUAUGGAAAAAUUGGAUCAUUUUCCUGUAUCCUGUAGAUAUAAUAAAGAAAACAAGCUAACGGAUAAAGAAAAUAUUACAAGGUGGAGAAAUGUGAAUGAACAUUCUCAAAAUAUCUUACCAGAAUCCAUCAAUAAAGUAUUUUGUGAGGCUUACGAAUAUGAAGAAAUAAGAUGUCCUUUCUCAGUGAAGUUGUGUGUUCUGCCUGUGGAGAUGGUUUACCUCAUUUUGUCAAGGAUCAUUGACUGGUCACCUCAAAUGUGGUCACAUCUGGUGCACAUAUGUAAAGUGACAAGUGAAAUGUUCAGACUGAUGUGGAUGAGAACUUUCUCAAGAAGGUCUGAAACUUGAUUUUACAUCUGAAUAAUCCAAGUACUGAGGUCAUCUAAACAGGCAUAUUCUGCCACUUUUAUAUUUUUAUAUUCAAAGACUCCAUUAAGGCCCUUCAUCUUCAGCACCAACUCUUGAUCCCUUUUCAUGAUAAGUGAUUUGUUUUAAUACAAUUAUUAUGCUCUUUUGAUUCAGGACUGUAAUGUACCUAACAGUGCUUAAAACAUGUAAAAUCUAAAUCCAUGUAGAUCAUUUAUCAGUGACCAAUUUCUGAUUGACUUAAAAGAUGCAAUAUAAAAUUACAUUUAAGCUGCUUCCUUAGACCUGGUAAUGUCAGUUAUAUAAAUGUGCAUAAACUGACAUCAAAAUAAUAGCAUUUUAAUAAACAAAAAAGAUCAUGAAAGAAUAAUGUUUACAGUGAGUUAAAAAAAAUAGAACCACUUAAGAGCAUUUGGAACAAUCCUCAAUUUAUGGCAUGUUCAUGAGAUGUAUAAACGGUCACAAAGUAUUGUGACUUACAGUACUGCAGAAGAUAAAGAGGUGGUUAGGUUCACAUUUUAAACUUUGAUAACAUAUUUCCCUAUCAUUUAAAGAAAUAUUGUUACGUACAAUCAUUACUAAUUGUAACAUUGUUUCCAUUUAUGCCAUUGCAACAAAUUUUUCAUAUGCACUUUUAAAAAGAAGUAAUAAAAAUUGCUGGAUUUGACAUUGCUUCAAAUUCAGGCUUUAAAAGGA